AUGAUAAACAGUGACUAUAACCCUUCUCGUCUUGAAGCAGUGGUUGAAGCAGCUGGGUCUAUUGCUAACUCCACUCUCCACGCUCGACACGAAAACACAAUCGGACUAAUUUCACUCUGUCUGUCCAGAACCGUCCAAACGCCUCUCAUCGGCCUAGAAUUAUCGUAUUUGUGGGUAGUCUCAUCACCGACACGGAGAAUGAGAUUCUCCAAUGAUGAGACCAGUCAUUUACUUCACGUUCCACCUUCCAGAAAUGUGAAAGAAGCGGUUCAUUCCUCUCCGAUAAUGAUCCAACGACCUGAAGGAAUGUCUUCCAAUAUGGAAUUGGAGGAUGACCCCGAUUUGAUGAUGGCUAUCCGAGCCUCCAUGAUGGAUCAGCAAACUAGUUUUGCUGUGAAAGAAAUAGAAUCCAUGUUAAACUGCAAUCAUGAAAAUGUAGUCAAAUACUACACAUCGUUUGUUGUGGAGGAAGAAUUGUGGAUUGUCAUGCAGUUGUGUGACAGAGGCUCACUGCUUGAUCACAUAAAAAUGAGAAUAAAAUCUGGCAAGUACACUCAAAGUGGAAUUUUGGAUGAAAUCACAAUCGCAACUGUGCUUCGUGAAGUGCUGAAGGGAGUCGAAUAUAUACACAACUCCCACGAAAUUCAUAGGUUUUUGUUUUUUCUUAUUUUUAGGGACAUUAAGGCAGCGAAUAUUCUCCUAGGGGCAGAUGGAUCGGUCAUUUUGGCCGAUUUUGGGGUCACUGCCAUUGUUAACAACAAUUUUGACAACCGAGAUCAGUCUAGACAUACCUUUGUGGGGACUCCGUGUUGGAUGGCUCCAGAAAUUAUGCAACAAUCCGACGGAUACAACGAGAAAGUCGAUAUUUGGAGUUUGGGGAUCACCACAAUUGAAAUGGCCACAGGAGUUGCCCCCUACCACAAAUUUCCGCCAUUGAAGGUGUUGAUGCUCACUUUACGGAAUGAUCCGCCCACUCUCGAGACAUGUGUCGACUUUCCCGACCGUUUCAAAUGUUACUCCAAGGUGUUUAGAAAAUUUAUUGGGGAUUGUCUUCAGAAGGAUCAUUCCAAGAGGUACCAUGAUUUUACAUUUAGAUUAUCUGCCAAGAAUCUCCUCAAACAUGAGCUACUAAAGAAGGCCAGAGAUAAGGCACAUAUUUUCAAGUCAUUUGAGUUGGAUUGUCCACUUUCGCUUACUUUCAAAGUACUCUUUUUCUCACUAUUUAAGUCCUCUGAUUCCAAAUUCCCCACAAAUCAAGAAAACGAGGCUACAUGGACUUUUUCAGAUGGGGCUGAGGUGUGUGAGUCGACUAUUUCAUCCAAUUCUCCAUUAGUGGGUGUUCCAUCAGUCAUUAACUUUAUUCUCCGUAUUCGGUUGAGUAGAAUGAGUGAUGUGGUAGGAAUGAGGACUUUGAGUUGAGGGACAUUCGAUUUG